AUGACGUGGAACGUCCUCGUCACCGGUGGCGCCGGAUACAUCGGCUCGCACACGUGCGUGCGGCUCCUGCAAGCGGGCGCGCGCGUCACCGUCGUGGAUAACUUUGACAACUCGUGCGCGGAAUCUUUAAAGCGCGUGCGAAACAUCGUGGGCGAGGACGCGGGGGCGCGUUUGACGCACCACGAGGUUGAUUGCUGCGAUAAAGUCGCGCUCGAUGGCGUCUUCGCGUCGGCGGGGGUGACGUUCGAUGCGGUGAUACACUUCGCCGGGUUGAAGGCGGUGGGCGAGAGCGUGGCCGAGCCGAUGAAGUAUUACGAGAAUAACAUCGUGAGCACGCUGGUGCUGUGCGAGACGAUGGCGAAACACGGGUGUAAGACGAUUAUUUUUAGCUCGAGCGCGACCGUGUACGGGGAGCCGGCGUCGGUGCCGUGCACGGAAGAUUUCCCGACGGCGGCGUUGAACCCGUACGGACGGACCAAGUUGUUCAUCGAACACAUUUUGAGCGAUCUCUACGUGAGUGAUAAGGAGUGGAAGGUGGCGCUGUUGCGAUACUUUAACCCGGUCGGUGCGCACGAGAGUGGGACGCUGGGGGAGGAUCCCAAGGGAAUCCCGAAUAACUUGAUGCCAUUCGUGCAGCAAGUCGCCGUCGGUCGACGACCCGAGCUCAACGUGUUUGGGAACGACUAUCCAACCAAGGAUGGAACCGGUCGACGUGAUUACAUUCAUGUCGUCGAUUUGGCCGACGGACACGUCGCGGCGGUAAAGAAACUCACGAGUGAUCCCGACGCCGGUUUGCUCACCGUCAACCUCGGGACGGGGAAGAGCACGAGCGUCUUAGAGCUCGUCGCGGCGUUCGAGAAGGCGUCCGGUAAGAAAAUUCCGUGCAAGAUUGUCGAUCGUCGCGCAGGUGACGCCGCAGAGGUGUACGGGGCGACAGAUAAGGCGUUCAAGGUUCUCGGUUGGCGUGCACUUCGCACCAUCGAAGACUGCUGCAUCGAUCAGUGGAAGUGGGCGAGCUCGAACCCGUACGGGUACGCAGGUAAGCCCGACGACGCGUAA